AUGUGCACACCAGGUGUUUUUGACCAAUCUCCUGACCUUCCGCGGAAGUGUACGGAUCUUCUCACUUGGAGAAUUUCUGCGAUGGCUGAGACUCUCUGCUGUUGUCUCGUGCAUAAUCUUCUUGAUCUUCAUCAGCAAGCCAAAGGCCGACGCCGAAUUGGGCAUCGCUUUUAUAUUAUUACAAGGAGAACGGGGCUUUUAGCCGUACAGGAAGUGCGAAACAGAGAGAAAAUAAAAGAGGAAACAAAAGAUACAAACACAGGAACAAGUACGAGUACAGAGCAGGUUGAGGACAAGAACUGCUGGCGGAAAGUCGAGGAAGGACUUAGGGGUGCAGUCGCGACAGCGGAAAGUAGAGACAAACGUGCCGAAAGUGAUGAAGGGCCAUCAGCGACAUUGUUGUGCAGACGUCCGGCAGUCGUUCAACUCGCCAUUACAUCGGAGGACACUGUCGAGUUGCUGAUAUAA